CUUUUUCUUUUUUCUCUUUUUUUUUUCUUUCUCUACUUCUUUUACUUGAUUAGCAAAAAUGAGUACCCACCAACCAAUGGAAGAAGACGAUGUCGACGACUUUUUGUAUGGAUCUGAUGCUCCAGAAGAUAAUUACGGAACCACAACAAAAUCAGCAAAUAAAAAAAUUAAUGAAGAAGACGAUGAAAUAUACGAACAAUAUAAUGAAUCUUUAGCAAAUAGUUCAUUGACGAAUAUCAAAGGUGUUGACAAAGAGACGGAAUCCAACGAAAACGAUGAAGCUAUGGAAGAAGACCAAGAAGACGAAGAUGAAGAAGAUAGCGAUGAUGAUUUGGAUAUCAUUUUAGAAGCUGACGAUGAUCAACCUACAGAUUCACAACAAACAACAACCCAAAAACCUCAAGGAAUACCAACAGAAACAACAACGAAAACUUCCAAUCCACUCGUUAACAUCAAACCAGGACAACAGGUUAAAGAAGCAUCACAAACCAAUAAUACCACAUCAGAAACAACUGGUACAACUACAAAAUCAUCUGGAGGAAUUGAUUUAGAGGCAGUUGGCGAAUACCAUGGACAACCAAUUACGGAUGUGGAUUUGGACAUUUUUGAAGACAAACCAUGGCGAAAACCUGGUGCAGAUAUCACAGAUUAUUUUAACUAUGGAUUCAAUGAAGUGACUUGGAGGGCCUAUUGUGCAAAACAAAAGACAAUGAGAGACAAAAAGGUUACCGGAAAUGUUGAUAUGGAUAUGCAAAACUUAAUGGGUGGUAUGGAAGUACCAGAUUUUAUGAAGAUGGGGAUGAUGAUGCCUAUGAUGGAAGGUGGUAUGCAAAUGGGAAUGAUGAAUCCAAUGAUGAAUCCAAUGAUGGGAUUACCACCUCCUCCUCCUCCUUCCUCUUCGUCUCAAUCAUCAAUGGGCGUUCCUUCGAUGGGUGGUCCUCAAAUGGGUAGUCAUCAUGGUAAACUGGGUAACCGUAGUAGUGGAAGUACUAGUGGCUCUGGGCGAGUGAAUCAAAAUUAUGGCAUGAGUAGUAGUAGUGGUGGUAGCUCCCGUGGAUCUCGGCGUUAGUUAGUUAGUUAGUUAUAAAUCAUUAUUUUUUUCAAUUUCACUUUCAUUCCUACUGUAGAUAUUCUAUUUUUUUUUUUUUUU